AUGAGGUUCUCACUUCGAUACUUAGCGUUGACUGUGCUGGCCAUGGCCCUUGUGAGCAGCACUUCAGCAUCACACUUGCACCAGAAUCUUGAGGGUUCGGAUCUGCUUACGGUCAGAGCUCUGCCGAGCACCGCUCGCCAGGAGAUCUACGUGCGCAUGUCACCUGGAUCUGCACAUUCAGGCGAUAGAGACAGCCCAUCGCGAGAACAGCAGCGCAAAGGCAAAAGCAUCGUGGGGAGGCUCAAGAGGCUUACGCUCGGCAAGGGCAAGCAGAAGAAGGACAAAGGUGUCAGCGCAAGCUAUUCAUCACGAAGCGCCUCCCCGGUGAGGGAGACGUCACCAGCAAGAACGCCGACCGCGUCGCCAUCACCAGAGUGGGAACCGCCGAACAUUCGGGAUCCAGAUACACCUGAUCCGAGCCCGCCCCAUCCUGUAGGUCCCUUUCCCGAAGGCUACCACGGACCCCCUCGGCCUCAGUCAAAGGGCAAAAAGAUAUUGAACGCCGUGAAGAAGUUCUGGUAA